UAUCAACUUUUACGCUUUAAACAAUUGAUAUUUACAUGUAAUCAUUUGAUGAUGGCUUUGAUGACGAACCGAACAAUACAUUUUUUCAUUGUUCAUAACGCCUACAAAAUAUAUAUUUGACAUUAGAUUCAAUUUCGUUGCAUGAUUUUGAACCUCAUCGUCAAAAAUUAUUUUAAAUUUCUGUAUUCGAUCAUUGUUACACGUUACAGGACAAUACGCGCCAUUCAGUUAUGGAAUUCCCUCAACAACAGUCGACCACUAAAACAUCUAAUUCGGAUCGAUUUCCAUUGAAUCAAUCAACACAAUCAUUACCGCCAUCAUCAUCACAAUGUUCAUCAAUUUUCAUUGAAUAUCAACUCAUGAAAGAAUUCGUUUUGUUUCAAAAGCAGGAAUUUCUCCAUGUUUACAUAUCACCAUCUUAUGAAUCAGCAUUCGAAUGGUUUGGUGUAAUGUUUAUCCAUCAUGGUUUAUACAAAGGAAAAAUAUUUCGCUUCUCCAUUCACAUCAGCCCAUCUUAUCCCAAUUGUGAUAUACCGCAAAUAAUAUUUGAUCCAAUACCUCAUCAUCCGCUGUUGAAUGAACAGACUGGUCAACUAAAAAUGUCCAGUAAAUUCAAUAAAUGGACAUCGACAUGUAAUUUUAUAUUUGAAGUAAUUGCAUUCGCUAAACAAGUAUUCGAAUUUGAUGAUAUCAAACAAUUGAAGCACAUUGCUAAUAUCGAUAAAUUAGAUCUUGACACGGAACAACUGAGAAGAACUAUCGAAGAUAAAAUGAAGGAUUUCAAUGAUCGUGUCAUAAAUAUGAAAAACGAUGAUAAAAAUUAUAUCGAUUUCACUGAACCAGAAAACUCGUCAAUAAUCGACAAAGUGAAACAUAAAUUAUUGAAGGAAAAGUUUUCUUUAGAUUCAAGUGUUGAUUAUUUUGGUGCAAAUGGUAAUUUAUCCAGUACAGCGGGACAUCCCAAUCGUAAUUAUUGUACGACAUCGAUCUCUGGUCUAUCUUGGGCCAAAAAAAUUGUAUACAAUUAGACAAUCAGUGUAAUCAUAUUCAUUGUAUUAUUUAUUUUCGAAUUAUAUUUAUCCCCAAU